UCAUGAUCAAAACAUCAUAUCAUGAUUAUUAAAUCUCAUUAAAUCAUUUUCAAGACACCAAACAAAAACAAGACAAAUUACCAAAUAAAAACUUACUUGAUUGUUGAUUCGCAAUCGUUGACGGGAAAGUUUUUAUCAAUAAAUUUUCUAUUAUUAUCUAUGCAAGCAACCAUUUGUUCCACCACUUUGUCUACGUAAUUAUUCGAACCGACCACUUCGUAUUUUUUUCCGAAAUGUCUCAAAUGUUGCAAAUAUGAAAAAUAGAAUUAUUUAAUUAGCGUUCGCACGAAGACAUCGUCUGUUAUUUCGAUAAACACGAUAUUCACUGAAAUGACAGCAUUAAUAUAACAAUAGAAGUUUGAUGAAAACUUAUGCCUUGCUGCAGCAAAUGGAAUUAUGAACAAAGCAACGAAGAUGUGCGCACAAUUUAGUACAUUACAGCACAUUUUGGAGUGUGACAUCCAGCGAAUCUGACUCUCAAAUGAUAGCCAUUCAACUGGCGAGUUCAUCAACAAAUACGAUGAUGACUACCCUCUUGAUGCAAGAUAACGAUAAAGUUUUAGUGAAACAGAAGGGGUCAUAAAGAAUGAAACAAUGUAUGGGGCAGUGAUUUGAUAGUUUUUGCACUUUUGUGCAAUUGACGUCAAAAGACCACGUCUUAUCUUAAAAUAAUUUAAUCAGUUCGAAAAGUGAUUUGUUUUUGAGCUGACACCGAACCUAAAUAUCAACACUUGAAAUUUUUGCGUGGAAUUUAUUUUGCAAUGUCCAUUUGUUGUACGCUCACACAACAAUCGAUUGAUUCUUGCCAUCAAUUUUUAUCGAUGUCCGUUGCUUCUUCGAAUAUUUGAAUUUCAUAAAAAUGAAAUCGCCACGGUUUGUUUUUCCUCUGUUGAUGACAAAAUGUCGUUGUGUGCUAUGACAAACCAAUGAUCCAAACCUACAUGCAAAACAGCUUCAUCGUGCUCGGUAUAAAAUUUCUCACAGCAUUCGAUGUUCAGUACGUGCACGUGUAAGCUAUAAUGACAGUUUGCCACCAUAACGUUUUUGUUGUUGUGGUCCGUUAUUUUUGCGACGCUCAUACGAUCCAUGCACCCAAAUUGCUCGAUGAUUAUGUUUUUUUUUUGCUUAGUUUAGUAUGAAUCGUUUGAGCACACGCACUCUCACCAACCAUUUUAUUCUUUGAAACCCACGUUUAUCUUCAUAUUGUUUUUACUAAACCAUUUUUUUAGUCAUUGUUUUUUUUUUUAUAAUAAUCAUUUUCAUUUAUGUUUUUAAUUUUUAAAAAAUUGAGUGAAACCAAAUAAUACAGAAAAAUAUGCAUCCAGAAAAUAGCGUUGUAAAGGAUUGCAGUUCGUCCAGUAGUGAUUAUGUGGAAUGUAAAUCAGAAUUUGAGCAUAGCAAAGAUGUCGAUGAUGGAUAUUCUAAAUCCGAAGAAAGUAGCUCGUACCACAGUGCAAGCGAUGUAUCAGUCGAUGAAAAAAGUACCGUAAGCAACACAAGCGGCUUAGCCAGUGCUACUUCAUCCAAUCAACUGUCGAUAAAUGAGUCGAAUUCAGAGGUGGUGCAAAAGAUUUUAGUCAGUCGUAAAGUCAACGAUGCCAUUUUUAAACCAGAUUAUCGAUUUUCGGUGAAACACCAUGGUCAACCGAAAUAUUGGCAUGAAAAGGGUCUGGCAGACAUCGAUCUUCUAAAGGAACACACCAAAGAAAAUGAAUUUGAUACAGAUGAAGCUGUGGAUGUAGUCAGCAAAUGGAUAACAGCACGUAGUAAGCUAUAUAUUCGCGUGUCUUUGGAAAAAAAUGCCAAUGAAAAUGAUGAUCCCAUGAUUAGAAUUCACAUUCGCAAUGACCGUUUGAAGCAUCCCGUUGUUUUGCUGCAUUUACUGUGGAUUAAUUUGUACGAAAACCAAAUUGUCACAAUGGACAGUUUUUCGGGACACACACAAGCGACCAUUCCAUAUCUCGAAUCGCUGGAUUUUAAUGUACCGGUAAAAAAAUUUGAUUUGAGCAAGGACUACAAAUUGGUCAUUUACUAUGGCUCAUUGGCGCUGUUGUUCAGCAAAGAAUUUAUUCUGAAAAUUACAACACGUCCAAUAAGCACCAUGUAUAUGGAGAAACUCGACCAUUACUUCCCAGAGCCGUCGGUGCGACAGUUGGAUCGUCACCAUUACAAAGUACCCAACGAUGCGGACGUUACCCAUGAAGUGGAACUUCUCAAAAAGAAAAUUGAUUUAUAUGAAAAAUCGGACGCGUCCGAUCGAUUGAAUGACACCAACUACUAUUCGAUGUGUAAAUUGUUGCUCCAAAUGGAAGACGAAACCGAUUCGAAGCGUUCGCUGCGUCAUGACCAGCAUAAUCAAAAAGUGAAGCACGAAUUUGGCAAACGUUAUUCAUUGCACAUUAAUAACAAGCGUCUGGAAGCCGCUCUCAAUGAGUAUACGCGCAUUUGGAUAACGCCGAUGUCAAUUCGAACGGCUGAAAUAUCGCGGAACAAAACGAAAUGUAACGGACAACAAGGGCCAGUUGGUCGAAGUAAGAAAGAGCGAAUCUAUGGUUCGGUAGUUGAAAUCAAAGGAAAUAAAGUGCAUUUCGAGUUGAAUGAGACUCUGCACCGAUUGGCUGCCCGGACUCAUGUUGAACCAGCUGAUGAAGAAUAUUUUAUACGGUUUAUGAGCGAUCGCACCACAGCCACUCUUGAACAUCGUGCCCUUGAAUACGUCAACAAUCAAGGCAUUGCACACUUCUUUUUUCCAAAUAUCACAACGCGUAUCAAUUGGCCGGUAAACAAAACUCAUCCAAGUUCAUUCGCCGACAAACCGAUUGCAUGGGAUUCCAAUGAUAUCAAUGACGAACAAAAAUUGGCGGUCAAAAAUAUUCUGCGGCAAACAUCUUAUCCGUUUCCAUAUCUGUUGUUCGGUCCACCGGGAACGGGUAAAACUAAGACGCUUAUCGAAACCGUUUUGCAAAUCAUUCGCAACAACAAUCCAGAUGAAUACAUUCUGGUUUGUGCCACAUCAAAUUCAGCGUGUAACGAAGUUGCAAAACGUCUUUUGCAAAGUAACGGUGGUAAAGAUAAAGUCUUUCGCAUCUUUUCAAAAAGUGUCGCAUUCAAAAUGGACGAUAUACCGACCGACGUGUUGGCCGCGUCGAAUCUCAAAACAGGCGAACACUAUUAUCCAUCGUUACAAUAUCUUUAUCAAUGCAAAGUUAUAGUUUGCACUCUAACCACCGCCGGUCGACUAUCUCAGGGCAAAAUCAAUCCAAAGCAUUUCUCGCACAUUUUCAUUGACGAAGCGGGCAGUGCGACUGAAAGUCAAACUAUGAUCGCUAUCGCUGGAUUGUGUUCAACUAAAAAUGAAUUACAUGCAAAUUUGAUCUUUGCCGGGGAUCCAAAACAACUUGGCCCACUGAUUAAGUCGCAGCAAGCCGUGAAAAUGGGCUACGGAAUUUCAAUGCUGGAACGCUUAAUCACCACCAAUUCAUUUUAUAUGAGAGACAAACGAACCAACGAAUUCAAUUCAAAUUAUGUCGUUCAAUUGAUCUGCAACUAUCGUUCUCAUCCAUCAAUUUUGCAUCCGUCGAACAAACUUUACUACGACAACGCUCUACAAGCGUGUGCACCGAAAAGCAACACCGACUGGUUUAUCGACACAACACUGCUGAAGCAGCCACAAUUUCCCGUGAUAUUCCGUUCGGUGAAGGGUACCACAGUCAAAGAUGUUUCUAACCCGAGUCCUUACAAUCAAUUAGAGGUGCAAACAACAAUGGAAUACCUUCGUCGUAUUUUCAAAAUGCCCCAUCGUGAAAUCGCACAGAGCGACGUUGGAAUCAUAUCACCGUAUCGUCGGCAAUGCGAAGAAUUAAUGGAAAAGUGCAAAACGCUCGGAUAUGAUGGUAUACAAAUCGGCUCGGUGGAAGUGUUCCAAGGCCAAGAAAAGCCAAUCAUCAUUGUAUCAACGGUGCGUUCGCAAAUGAACAAUCUCGGUUUUUUGGAUAGCAAAAAGCGGUUAAAUGUUUUGAUGACUCGUGCAAAAUGCUUGUUGAUAGUUAUCGGCGAUGCAGACACUUUGGCUAAGGAUGAAGACUGGCUCUACCUCAUUAAUUUUUGCCGAACAAACAACUCAUUGAUCGAGUAAAUUUUUCUACCGCUGAAAAAGCAUUUUAAUUAUCAAACAAUUUCCCAUGAAACCAUUUAAAUCUGUUGUGUCAAAAGCACGUUUGUUUAUAUCUCUGUUUGAUGCAUGCAGUCCGUCAAUUCAAAAUGUUUCGACUGAUUUACACAAGAUACUUGAUUUUAACUGUUUAAAAAAAAAUCGCAUCAUUUCGUGAUGAAUUAAACGUGUGCUAUUUUUACAAAAAAAAAAAACAAA